UAAACAUCUCACACAGUUGUUUUGAUGGUAAUUUAACUUUCUAUGACAAAAGAACUUAUCUUAAAGCGGAAUAAUGUUUUAAAAGGCCACAUUGUGGAAAUUUACCCGAGCGUGGGAUUUGUGGCGAUCUGAUGCAUGUAGACGGCUGCAAAUCGGUUUGUUUAAUGAUGUCACUCAGAACUCCUCUUCUAACUCUCACUCUCAUCACUCUGUUCAUGUCUCUGGAUCCUCCAAAGAAUGUAUUGGUGUCCAUCAGGCCCGCUAGUGAAAUAGUGGGGUACAGUUCAGUGACUCUGACCUGCAGCAGUGAUGCCAACCCACCUGUGCAGAACUACGCCUGGUUUAAAGAAGGAGGAACCUCACCUGUAGGAUCUGGACAGACAUACAACAUCACCAUCAGCUCUAAUAGCAGCGGCUGGUAUUACUGUGUAGCUCAGAAUGAACACGGGAUGCUGAAAUCAGCUUCCAUAGAUGCCACUUUAAAGGGUCACUUCUACAUUUUGCCUAUAGCUGUUGGAAUCGGCCUCUGUGGGAUUGUACUUCCUCUCUCAAUAGUUUUAUUUAUGAAGAGAGAAAGUUUAAGAAGGUAA